GAUUCGAUGGCAACCACCACCACCACGCUUAGCAUGAAGCUUCUCAUCGACCGGAAGGCGCAGCGCCUGCUGUUUGCGGAGGCGAGCAAGGACGUCGUGGACUUCCUCUUCUCCCUCCUCGUCUUGCCCGUUGGAACGGCCGUCAAGCUGCUUGGGAAGGAGGGCAUGGUCGGCUGCGUCGGCAACCUCUACGGCAGCGUCGAGGACCUCGACGCCACCUACGUCCAGCCCGGCGCGGCCAAGGACGCGCUCCUCCGCCCCACCGUGCUCUCCCUGGCAGCGAGCUCUAGCAGCUCCCUCCUCCGCCUGCCAGCGCCGCUGUCUGCGCAGCCAAAGAGCUUCUACAGGUGCACGAGCAUUUUCAACAGCAGCUGCCGCUCCUACAUCACGGACGCGUACGGUAAAGCGUGUCCGACCUGUGGCAACCAGAUGACGGCGGUAGCGCAGUAUAUCCCGCCGGCCGGCCAGAUGGCCGAGAAAGGGUUCGUGCAGGGGGUGGUGACGUACACGGUGAUGGACGACCUCACCGUGACGCCCAUGUCCGCCAUCUCCAGCAUCACCCUGCUCAACGCCUUCGCGGUGAGGGACCUCGGCGAUCUCCAGGAGAAGACCGUGCAGCUCGGCUACAACGAGGUCGAUCACUGGAUCUUUCAUCUGUUCUGAAUUAUUCUUCGUUUUUAAUUUAUGAAUGUGCGCGCAUCAACUGAUGAUUUUGGUGCAGGGUUUGG